CGAAAACAUCACGAUACAAUCUACAUCAGAUCUUCCCUCCAACAGGCAUGUGUAUCUCUGCUAUUUGCGACCACAAUACGCUUUUAAAAGGCUUUGUCGUACCUCGAAGCCAAUCGUUGAAAUAUUUCGCGUAUGAGGAGCACACAAGAAUGCAAUCCAACAUGGCUGUCGUCAUGAAAUAAAUUCUGACCUCGACACUUCGCCAAUCUUGGUCCACACAAAGUACUCCACCGAUAAGCAUUUCUUGUGCCGCCGCGGUUUCAGGAGGCACAGGUUACACACAAAACACACGCACCUAGCCCUCACACUCCCACAGAGUGCCGGAGAAGAGCAUACACAUCCUUUGUAGCUCAAGUGCAUUCCAUUGAGGGUUUGUGAUAUCUCCAAGAAACGUUCGGUAUUUGGUGUCCUCAGCAUCCUCCAAGGCACUAGAUGUUCGUCCGGGGCGAAUACUUCUGCUACGCAUGUUUUCAAGGCAUGUCCAUCAAAUGAAACACAAACCAGAGAGCCAGAACAAUGUCGACAAUUCCAAAAGUGUCAGUGUCUCGCGUACAUAUCCUAUAUGCGACAGCCUUGUUGAUAUGUCUCGUUUACAUCUUUGUGUUAUCAGCCCCGGUCAGACCCGAUUUCAAAUGGCUUGACGUCCAUCAGAUCAGACUUCAGAAUGAUAAAGUCAACCUCCAGGGAUCAUUUUUGGACAGCGCAGCAACUGGAUCACAGUCGAAUGAUCAACAACAACAACAACCGUGGAUUCCACACGAGGUUGAAGAUCUUGAUGAGACGAGACUACAGACUGUGGAGCCUUACAUAUCGGCCAUCAUGGAUCCAAACAGUACAUCAUUCGAACGUCUCUUUUGUCCCCCAGCGAGUCUUGAUCGUUACGACGGCCUGCGUCGCAAUCCACCACGUACCACCCCCACCCGAAAAGACCACACCAGACGAUACUUUUUCGCCCUGACUCUGUACCAAAGUGCACAUAUCCUUCCUCGUCUUUUGGGUUCCAUCAUUCAAGCCAUCCGAAUUCUCGGCCCAGAGGUUUGCGUCUUAUCCAUCGUCGGUGGGCGUUCAGAUGACGGCACGACCGAGAUUUUGACCACGUUGAGACCUCAUCUCGAAGCACUAGGAGUGAAGUACUACUUCGGUACAAGCCCCAUCGAUCCAUUGGAGGAGGGCCACGACCGAAUCACCGAACUCGCCAAUCUUCGUAACCUCGCUCUGGACCCCCUCGUCCGCCGGCCCACCCAAUACGCCUCACCAGACACAAUCGUCAUCUUCCUCAACGACGUCGCAAUCUGUCCGGACGAUAUCCUGGAGCUGGUGUACCAAUACACUCUACAACAGGCCGACAUGGUAUGCGCCAUGGACUGGAAGGACGACGGACACGUCUUUUACGACUCUUGGGUCUCUCGCGGGAUCAACGGUGACUUGUUUGUGGAAGUACCCCAGUCGGGUUCUUGGGACUUUGUCCGAAAUUUGUUUUGGAACGACCCGAUCUCCAAGGCUCGUCUCGAUGCGAAACUUCCCAUACAGGUUUACGCUUGUUGGAACGGGGCGACGGUGUUUGACGCGAAACCACUCUUCGAGGCAGACGACAACAUCCGUUUCCGCGCUUCGUACGAACAUGAAUGUUACAUGGGUGAACCUACACUGUUCUGCAAGGACCUUUGGAAGAACGGGCGCGGUCGUAUCGCGGUGAUCCCCAGUGUCAACGUGGGAUAUUCCGACGAGUCAGGCCGCAUAGUGAAGAGGGUUCAAGGGUACACGAGUGAUAAUGUCGAUGUCUUCAACACAUCGAACAGUGAUCAGAGUGCAGAGGAAGAAGAGGAUGACUCAAGGACGAAAAUAAGGAACUCGACUACCGCCACGAUGAUUGAUUGGAAGACCGAUCCUCCUGGACUGGUCAAGUGUCAACCUGAUUGGCAUCAUCCUUCUUGGGUAGAAUGGGAUGAGCCGGCUGCUAGAGACCGAAAACCCUUUGACUGGUCUGGUUCGGGAUACUUUAACGCAAAGAAGGAAGACACCAGAGACGAGUGAGACAGGGACCACGUGUAUUUUUACUUGAUGAGCAAUUUGGAGCACAAGCCCCUACGAUGAGAACCCGGC